AACCUGCUUGGCCAAAAGUCAUGGACGCGCAAACAUGCUGCGGUGUUUGCUCUCUCACUGGGUGCAACGUGAGUUAAAAAGCAGGGACUAUUGGUAGGUUAAGAUUGUGUGGUGGACUCUAAAAUAUCAAAUAAUGAAUGAUGACGUCACUUGUCAGCAGACCCUCUGCCUCUAUUUGAGGCUGCUCAGAAACUGGACACCGUUCACAGGAGUGCAGGCAAGACAAGCUGAUCGUGCACCUAAAUUUGGACUCGGAAGCACUGUGGACCUUCACGCUGUCACAUACCUGAGCGUCCAGUCGUGACCUCCUCUGACCCUUUGGGAGAAUGGCCUCGAGACAAGGAGACAUGCCAGCGCUGGAAUCUGGAUCGUCGUCUGGAUUCUUCGGCGCACCGCCGUCUCCCAUUGGAACGAGCCGACACAACAUGAGCUACGACGUGCACAUGGAUAGUCCCAUGCAUUCCCCCCCUCCUGACUUGACCGGUAACAUCUUCUGGGGAGACCCUGUCAUCCCACAGCACAGAUUUAGGAAGACUACAGAGGAAGGGGAGACCGGUGGAAAGAUGAUGACUUUGAGGAUAUUGGAGCCAGCUAAGUCCCCUGUCCCCGUCGUGAAAGCCAAGGCAAGCUCUAUUAUGAGCUCCCUCACCAACAAGCGGACCCAAGAGAGCCUCCAGAGGUUUGAGCACCAGGCAGGGUUGACUGACACCGGCUACACGCCGCACAAGGGCCUCUCUGCUGAGGAGACACACUUUCACCGUCUGGCUGCUGACAACACACGACGUAAGUUGAGAAUGUCAAUCGGGGACUUCAAGGACGACAGGUUUACAACAUCGGCACAAUCCACCCCAAGUGGCACCCCCGGCGUCACUCCCUCUGUCACCCCCUCUGCCACGCCAUCUGUCACCCCCUGCGUCAGUCCCCUUGCAUCACCUGCUGUGGGUCGCAGGAGCUGGUUCCAGCGGAGUCCUGCACCUUUCCUCGCCCCGCUCGAGAGUAACUGUCCCAACUACACAUCAGACAUGGGAGGAAACCAGGGAGGAGAGGACAGGUGGAGCUUUUUUGGAACUCGCUCUGUGGUACAGAAGUCCCCCACCCACCCAGGGACUGACACUGGCACAGGCUUUUCACUACAGUCCUACUUUGGCUUGCACAAGUCCUCCACCAUUGCAGGCACCGGCCCCCACGACACCCUGAAAGUGGGGGACACGACAAGCUUCAUGCCCCCCAAGAUCGAAAUUUCCGGCAUGGACGCCAGUCAGGCGGCCCAGCGGCCACACAAACUCAAACCCCGGGACAUGAACGUCUUAACACCUUCAAGUUUCUGACCACACGCAAUCUCGCAGCCAGUCUGCUGUGUCCCCUCUGUAGACCACCCACCUUUUAGUCUCGGCUUACCCAUCCAUAAGUGCUGAAUAUGCACUCUUACUCCUUCCAGUUGACUGCAAUCUUGUUUCAAACCUCUUCCAUCUCAUAGGUCCAGAUAUGUGGAAAAUGUUUUGUUAAUUGCAAAAAAGUAUGAUGCAUAUUACUAUAUUCUUUUAGUAACUGCGAAAGUUGUCUUGGUCCGCUCACUGCUCCAGCUUUUCUUGUUAUAGCACAUCAUCUUAAAUCAUUUUUUGUAUUUUGGUAAGACGCCACAGACUUGUAGUUGUGUUAGCAUGAAGACUCGUACAGUGUAAUGUUAUGUUGUUUCCUUUUGCAGAAUUUCCCCCCCGAACAUACCGCUUUUAUUCAUGUUGCCAGACUGCUUACCCCGAACAAAUAUUUGUAUUAAGAUAUCAACUUUUCAUGCCGAUCGUUUAUAUUUAAAAUGUUCCGUUGCUUUUUUUUGUAUAGGGUCACAAUACACUUCAAUAUGACAGUCAAAAGUAUCGCAGUGGUUGUUUUUUUUUUGGUCAAAUUAGUAUUUUUCCCUGAGACAAUCCACGACUAUUUUCUAGGUUUCAUUUAAAAAUGUUGAUCGGUUUGUGUAAAAGCACACGGGAUGCCUCCCACUCGCACGUGUAAAUAAAUA